GUGCCCGUUGCUUAGUGACUGACCGUCAACAAACGCUUCGCGAGACGGUGAGACUUUGGCUUUGGAGUAAGCGGCAGACAUGGCAUAACUCCCGUCUAAAGGGAGGAUGGCAAAUUUUUAAUGUCACCAAAUCAUUCUACAUUGCCCAAAAUUUUUUAACGGAACUUUCGCCUAAUCAUUAUUCUUCGCUACUGUGGUUACCGAGACUCGGAUAUUUGAAUUUUCCGUCAGAAAUGACAAGAUGCGUGAGAAGGGGGGUUAAUCUGAAAAGCAGCGCUUAUAAUCAAACGGGGCAGAAUUAUUAUGAGCAGUUGGCGGCGUAUAACUCGAUGAACUCGCAUCUACGACGGAUUUUGUUGGCAAGAAGCGUAGUUGAUACGAGAAAUAAAAAUUACUUGAAAGGAAAUCAGCGGUACAAAGUGCCAAGAGCUGACGAUAGCGGGAUUCGUUUACGUCUCGAAGCUACGAAUGAUGUAAUUGACAAAUUGGCCUAUGAUACUCAACAUCAUCCCAUGGACAUAUUAAGAAUAGAUUUAAACGCAAAACAUCCGGACUGUUGUAAUUAUAAUUUAGAUCAUCAACUAAGGGUUUGUAGUAGUCAAACGUCUUACGAAGGAACCGAUCAGAUGGAUCGACGGCAACGAUCGACAUCAAAGAAUCAAAGAAUGAUGUCACCAAUGACAGCACGUUCACCAAAACGUAAAAAGUUGUCAAAUUGUAUUUACAAAAAAGUGUCAAAAUCUGCGCGAGAUAUUCCUCAUAUAGUUGGUCCGUCAACGUGUUUUGCGCGACAGAGAAAAUGUAGAUACGAGAAAGAGUGCUCAGUCCCUUACGCAGCUACUAGAGAAGAGUCAACGAUAUUUAAAUGUCAAUCUCUAAGGCAGAAAACGACCGAUUAUUGCUCGGUGUUUUCGAACCCUUCGCAAUGCUGCGAUUUCGAUUGCGAUGGCAAAUCUACUGAAGAGCUUAUUUGCAGACAAUUCUCGGCUCGAAAAGAGGAGGACAAGAAAUAUGUUAAAUUCGUUUACGACAUUACCAAAGAAAUAAUGCAAAGAGGUCUUUAUACCGACAAAGAACUGCAGGAUGUGUUUAAGAAGCACGUCAAUCAAUAUAGAGGAAUAUUGAACAUGGUAUAAAUAAUGAAAUUAUCAUAAACGUGUAAAAAGAGCAAUAUUUUAAUCUUACAAUUCCACAAAUAUUAUUAUAUCUCUCGACAU